CUUCUCUUCCUCCUUCUUCCUUCUUCCAUUUCUCUUGUUCUUCGUCUCUCUCUCUCUCUCUCUCUCAAUUCCUCAAUAACGCUUUUCGCAUUUUCGUAACGACAUUUUCUUCUUCUCCUUCGCAAAUUUCCCUCGUCGUUUCGUUUUUCCCUAUUUUUUCCUUCUGACGUGUUUCACACAGCGGAUUUUGAUUGAUUAACGUAUAUGGGUUUGAGACUAUAAAGACUUAGUGGAAGGGUAAGCUGAAGUUGAAGGAGUUGAGGGGAAAAGAGGGAGAGAAGGAGGUUGAGGUACUCAAGAAAGUUUUGGUAGUUUAAAUUGGAGGGCCUUGAUGCCGAUGGUGGACACAGUUGUAUUUGCUAGAAACUGUAAAGAGUCACUUGAUAAGGUGAAGGUGGCAUUCUAGUACUGGAAUGGGCCAGAUUCCGUGAUGAUUAUAUAUUGUUGAUUUCUUUAUACACACUGGCAAUCCUUAGGUCUGACAGAUGGCUUUACCUAGUGAAGAAGAGAAGACUGAGGACUACCUUUUCAAGAUUGUUUUAAUUGGUGAUUCAGCUGUCGGGAAAUCAAAUUUACUUGCACGAUUUGCCAGGGAUGAGUUUUAUCCUAAUUCGAAGUCAACUAUAGGAGUAGAGUUUCAAACUCAAAAGUUGGAUAUUAAUGGAAAGGAAGUUAAAGCACAGAUAUGGGACACUGCUGGGCAGGAGAGGUUCAGAGCUGUUACAUCUGCAUAUUAUAGGGGUGCAGUUGGAGCUCUUCUGGUGUAUGACAUCAGCCGGCGCCAAACAUUUGAUAGCAUAGGCCGAUGGCUUAAUGAACUCCACACUCACUCAGACAUGAACGUUCAGACAAUACUUGUUGGGAACAAGUCAGAUCUUAAAGAUGCAAGGGAAGUGGCUACAGCUGAAGGGAAGGCCUUGGCUGAGGCACAGGGUUUGUUCUUCAUGGAGACAUCAGCUCUGGAUUCAUCAAAUGUAGCAGCUGCUUUUGAAACCGUUGUAAAGGAGAUCUACAACAUCUUAAGUCGCAAGGUUAUGAUGUCUCAAGAGCUCAACAAAUCUGUUUCCCAUAUUGAAAAUGGAAAGACUGUUGUUCUACAAGGAGAAGGCGAAAAAGAAGAAGGAGCAGCAGCAGCAGCGGCAGAUGCUGAGGCAGCAAAAGGUUGUUGUUGAUCUUAGGUUCUCAUAAUAUGUCGGCUCCAAAACUGAGUUUUUAUUAUAAUUAUUCAACCAAUCCUGAAAAUGUAACUCAGAUAUUCAAGAUUUAUCUUUAAAUGUUUACCGGGAGAUUUUGGAGUAGAAAUUCUCUUUGCACUGCAAGAAUUACAUAAAUGAGAAAAAGAAAUGAUAACAAGUAGCAUUAAAGUG